AUGAAGAGAGUGUUCAACCAUCCUGUACAAGGACAAAACGCCACCAAACGACUAGGCGACGUCACUCAGGGGGGACUGAGUGUGGCCGACUAUGUGGUGGAGUUUUGGACCUUGGCAGCCGAGUGCGAUUGGAAUGACUCGGCCCUCCGAUACGCCUUCCAACGAGGGCUGAAUGAUGAACUUAAGGAUGAGCUAGCACUGAAAGAGGAGGCGGCGGACCUGGACAAAUUAAUUGAUCUGACGAUCCGUUUGGAUAAUCGGCUUCGGCAGCGCCGAAGGGAGAAAUGCUCCCAGACCCCUUCAACUCAUUGGCCUCACCUCCCAGUCCCACCUUGUUCCUUCUACUCCGGCAACCGCGGACCACUAUCCGGGUCCAGCCCUCCUCACCGCACCAAUCUCCAGAACCGACCACUACUCUCAGCUCUGGUCCAGCCAGUGUCGAGGGAGGAACCCAUGCAGCUUGGCCAGGCCUGUCUCACGGAUGAAGAGAAAAUGGCCCGCCGUCAGCAGAACGCCUGCUUAUAUUGCGGACGCCUCCCUACCCAGCGGGAGACUUUACAACUUGUCAAAACCAGAACGCACAGCCAUGGAAGAUUACAUCAAGGAAUCAUUGGCUGCGGGCUUAAUUUGUCCCUCAAAAUCCCCUGUUGGUGCGGGGGGUUUUUUGUAGGGAAAAAAGAUGGAGGAUUGCGUCCCUGCAUGGACUACCGGGGGCUCAAUCAGAUAACUGUUCGAAAUAAGUACCCACUUCCCCUCCUGGACUCCGCUUUACUCCGCAACACUUACCACCUGGUCCGGAUACGGGAGGGUGAUGAAUGGAAGACAGCCUUCAACACCCCUCUUGGCCACUUUGAGUAUUUGGUCAUGCCAUUUGGCCUCACCAACCCCCCGGCUGUCUUCCAGCAUCUGGUCAAUGAUGUGCUUCACAACUUCCUGAACCGGUUUGUUUUUGUUUAUUUGGACGACAUCCUGAUCUUCUCCUGCGGCAUGGAGGAGCACCGUGGACACGUGAGAUCUGUUUCAGAGCGCCUUCUUGAGGAUCGCCUUUUCAUUAAGGCGGAGAAGUGUGUCUUCCACGUGUCCACGGUGUCAUUCCUGGGUUUCAUCAUCGCCACGGGGAAGAUCAGGAUGGACCCGGUCAAGAUAGCGGUGGUGGAGGAUUGGCCGGAGCCUGGGGACCGCAAACAGUUGCAGCGGUUCCUGGGCUUCGCCAACUUCCAUCGCCGCUUCAUCAAAAAUUACAGCCAAGUCGCAGCUCCCCUAACUGCACUCACCUCCACCACCCACAAAUUUAUCUGGUCCCCCGCAGCCCAUACUGCAUUCCAAAACCCUGAAAACCCGUUUCACCUCGGCUCCCGUCCUGGUCCAGGCAGACCCAGGCCAACAGUUUAUUGUACAGGUCGACGCCUCGGACACCGGAGUGGGGGUGGUGCUCUCGCAGCACGCCGGCGGAGACAACAAACGGCACCCCUGCGCCUACUUCUCAUGAAAACUCUCCGAAAACUCGGCCGAAAAAAAUCUAUGCUGUAGGGAAUCGGGAGCUGCUGGCGGUAAAGUUGGCCCUGGAGGAGUGGUGGCACUGGCUGGAGGGGGCCGAGCAGCUGUUCCUGGUGUGGACCGACCAUAAGAACCUGGAAUACCUCCGGUCCGCAAAACGACAACUCCCGGCAAGCCAGGUGGGCACUAUUUUUUGACCGUUUUCAAUUUACUCUAUCCUAUCGUCCUGAAUCGCGUAAUGCAAAACCUGAUGCUCUGUCUCGUGUUUAUGUGGCCGGAUGGUUUCUCCCUCCUAGCCACUGUGUGGCACUGCGCUAUUUCAACCGUCGCUGUGACAGCGGGGCGGCAUCCGGCGCCGCUGCAUAUAUAUACACAGGUGGGUGGCUUCACCUCAGUCUCAUGCUUUCUCUUGAGCUCUCCCCGUGGUGGUAACUGCAGCCGAGCGGGCUGGAUCUGGUGUGAUCGAUCGGGACGUACAUAAUAUCGCUGGUACAGGUAAUGGGCUUGUACCCUUCCAUCUUUAUGUGAUGUGCGGCGCAUUUAGUGACAGCCUGCUUUACUUUGUAUAGUGACGCUGGGAGACGGGUCGCUCCGUUCAGCAUGCCGUGGGUGCUUCUGUGACGACAGGGUAAGCUAUGUGGUCCAUGUUAUAUGAUCUGAUGUGUUAACUGGUCCCUGAUUUUGUUGUGUGGUUGCUGCAGUCCAUUUGCUGCUGUUUUCAUUGGAUCUCCCCACCUGCAUUGCUGCUACGCUGCGCCACGGCUAACCGGGUAUGUAUCGCUCAUGAUGAUGAAGAGAUCAAUGAAGCCCAGGUGAUGUCAUUUAAUGAUAAUUAUGCUUAAUUGUUUACCUUUACUAGGUUGCAGCUAACGUGUGGUUCAUUGGACGCCAUUGUUCCCUGGACUGGCUGCUGUUUCGGUUCUUUUUGUUCACCGGCUCUUUAUUUCGGCCCUGUUGUUUCGACUCUUUGCUUGGUGCCUACAACCUGCUGUGGCGGCUCCUUUCGCCGGCUCUUCGUUGCGGCUCUCUUUGUUACGGCUCUCUUUUUAGUGUCUACAAUUCGCUGUUUUUGACUGUGUUGGCGUGUAUUUUCAUUAGGCUUAUCGCCAAUGUGUUAGAGCUACUGCAUCAUACUUUUGAUAUUAAAAACCUCAGGCUAUGAGGAUUAUUAUGCCUCAUAUUGUACCUGUGUUUUAAAAGCUGUUGUGUGGAGUGAGUGAGUGCGUGUGUGUGUUUUAAUUGUGUAUAUUGGUUUGGUCACCAGCACUGCUAAAAUCAGGAGUACUAAUUAUUUGUUUCUUUUGUGCAGGUUUGGUGAGCCUUGGCGGCAGUUUAAUCCCUGGUGGUGGUUCACGGAUCCCCUUUUUCGUUGGUGUGUUGUCACAGGUGUGAUUAUUUGGACCCCCUUUUUCUUCUUUUUGGUUAUUUUUGUUUGCCUGCCGCCAUGGUAAGCCAGCCUGCUCCCUUUAUUGUUUAAGUUAAGUACUCCUGAUUCUUUAUUUUAAACUGGUGGCUUGCUUCUUAUCUUUAAUACUAUAAUUAAAUAAAGAAAUUGUUAUAUUUUUGGAAACACGUCUCUGGCCAAGUGAUUACGAACCUGUGUGCCUUCAGUGUUUAAAUGGUCCUUGGUUGAUCAUGUUGAAUUGAAUGUCCCGGGGUGAAAUUCCCCUGGGUGGCGUUGUCGCAACGUUUAUGUGAAUCCUAGCCAUUUUCCCCCAUUCUCCAUUCCCCUCUUCUUAGAGCUCCCUCGCCACGCCACAUUCACUCGAAAGAGGACACCUCUAAUAAUCCUGAGUCUAUCCUGUCACCCUGCCACCUCGCUUGCCUAAUGUGGGAUAUAGUAACUAAGGUGCAGAGAGCUCAACAGAAGCAAGUCUUUCCCGAAGCCGGUCCCCCAGGAACACUAUUCGUUCCAGAGGCCGUCCACCCUCCCCAGCUCCUCAUGGGCCUGUCCCCCUUCCAGUGUGUUUUUGGUUAUCAGUCUCCGCUAUUCCCCGAUCAAGAGAGAGAGAUAGAGGUCCCAUCCGUCGAGGUGCAACCUCCGCCGGUGCGCUUGCAUCUGGCGUCAGGCCCGCGCCGCUCUCCUUCAAGCCUCCCGACGAACCCAGGAUCAGGCAAACUGACAUCGGUCCAAGGCGCCGAUUUAUGCUCCUGAUCAAAAGGUCUGGCUGCGGGCCAAAGAUCUACCCCUUCGUGUCCCUUCUAAGAAACUCGCACCCCGGUUCAUUGGUCCAUUUCCCAUUGAGAAAAUAAUCAACCCGUCUGCUGUGCACCUUACACUCCCCCCGGCUAUGAGGAUUCACCCCACCUUCCAUGUCUCUCAGAUCAAGCCGGUUCAGGAAAGCCUAUUGGCCCCCACCCCACCCCGUAUGCUAGACGGCGAGCCCAUUUACCCUGUCUCCCGCUUGCUGGAUGUUCGCUGCCGGGGUAGGGGGCUCCAAUAUCUUGUGGACUGGGAGGGCUAUGGUCCGGAGGAACGUUCUUGGGUCCCACGGAGUCGCAUCCUGGACCCUUCUCUCAUCUGGGAUUUUCAUCGGGAUCACCCUGACCGGCCUCGUGGGGCACCAGGAGGCGCCCAUUGAGGGGAGGUACUGUCAGAGCCCUCUCCUCAUCCCUACCCUGUCUGGCAUCCCAAAUACCCCAUCCUAUCUGUCUCCUUCUUUUUCUCGUGUUUUCUUUCUUCUCUGCUCUCUCUCUCUCCUCAACACAGCACUUGGGUGGAGCGCGGCUUCAGCUGCCUCCACUCAGGUAAUCAGCUGCACCACGAGACCUGGACGACUGUGAUUCACCUCACUAAUGACAUCCUCCGCAAUAAAAACUGGCUGCACCUUCCACACCCUGCCAGAUUAUUGAACUAGACAAACCCGUCAGUCACACUCUAGCCAUUGUAUUACUCUGUGAGUUUUUUGAGACGUUGUUAAUGUUGUUUUUCUUCUGCCCUGUUUAGAACCCUGCCGUCCGGGUUCUCUCCUGCCCUGCCUGUCUGGAACCGUCUCAGAGACAAUUCGGCUCCCAGCCAACCUACCUGGAAACCAUACCUUUUUCAUUUCCCUCGUUUGGAUCACCGGCUCUGCUCUGUCCUUGGAGCCCAGUCACUCCAGUUCCGAUCUGCCUGUGGCUCUCUACCUGCUCCUUACCGGAAACAAGAGACGAUCACUGCGGACUGGCCCACCCACCAACACGGCCCCCUGGAUCAUCAGUGUCCGCCGUCCUCCGGAUCUCCGGCUCCCCCUCCGCUCAGCCCCCCAUCUGCCUCCACCUCCGGCUGCCAAGGAUCCAUCCAAAUACCUGCUGCCGCACACUGAUCCCCCCCAGCCCACGACGACCGCCGACCCCCGGCCCCAGAACUGCGACCUCAGCUUACUCAGUCUCCAGCCAUCUCCACGCUUUCCAGUUCCCUGCAUUCCCUUCCAUUACCCAUCCCCAAACAAUAAAACGCUCUUAAACUUCUCCGGACCUGGUAGCGUGCUCUCUGCUCGAGUCCACCCACUCCAUCUCGUGACAGAUUUAGUUUUUACAUCUGCAGAUGAAGAUGAGGAGUAGAAGUGGAUCCAGUCAUCCCAAUGACCAUUUUUUGCAUUUAUUAUGAAUGAAUUACAGAUAAAUUGAGACAGAAUAAAAAAGAUUUACACUUUAGAGUUUUGAAGAAGGCCUAGUUCCUUGAUUCAGCCACAUGGUCAAUAAACUGUUUGCUUUACUCAGCGACAACCAGAUGCUGUGGCAGCUGGUUCUUAAACCUUCCUCCUUGGACUCCAUUUUCAACUUCCUCUGGUCUCUCUGUGCUCCUCUAGGGGGGUAAAUACACCUAUAGCCAUUCAUUCUCCCAUAGACACACAUGCACUCUCUCUUCUAUUCACAUCCACAUACUGAUAACAAAAGGGAAUGUAUGAAAUCAACAUGGAGCUCAAUUUGGUUCCUACACCAACUUUAUUGUCAUUACACAGAGUCCAACUAUAAAGACAAAUGUAGUUGAGCAUGUAACUAAGUACAAAACAAGCAGUAAAAGUACAUCAUGAACAGUUUGGGUGUCUCCAUUAUGAUACGGUAUAAACAGUACAAAGUAUUGUGAUCACAUUAAGUAUAUAAAUGGAAUCAAAAUUCAGAAUGAGUCAGAAUUCAUGAAUAACAUCAUCAAGGCCCAUACUGAAGAAGGAUGGGGUUCUCAUAUACAAAUUUACUCAGACGGAUCUAACAAAACUGAUAAUGAUGAAGUCACUGUUGGUUUAUUCUUUCCUGUUUUCAAGAUGAGAAAAGGCUUUAGAAUUUCAGAUGACAGCAUUCACUGCAGAGAUAUCAGGGAUCAUUUUGGCACUUUGAUGGGUGAUGGACGACAAACUGGUCAAGUCAGUCUUAUGUAGCGAUUCAUCAGCCGUGUUGGCAUCAAUAAAGAAGCAAACUCCAAAUCCAGACCUAAUUUUCUAUUAGAAAUAUUUCAAGCACUGUUUCAAAUUUGGGCUGCACAGUGGAGUAGUGGUUAGCACUUUUGCCUUGCAGCAAGAAGGUCCCGGUUCAAAUCCCAGUCUGGGCCUGGGAUCUUUCUGCAUGGAGUUUGCAUGUUCUCCCUGUGCAUGCGUGGGUUUUCUCCGGGUACUCCGGCUUCCUCCCACAGUCCAAAAAUAUGCUGAGUUUAAUUGAUUAUUCUAAAUUGCCCAUAGGUAUGAAUGUGAGAAUGAUUGUGUGUCUGUAUAUGUAGCCUUGUGACAGACUGGUGACCUGUCCAGAGUGUCCCCUACCUUCGCUCAAGUCAGCUGGGAUAGGCUCCAGCACCCCCGUGACCCUAGGGAGGAUAAAGAGGUGUAUAGAGAAUGGAUGGAUGAAUGUUUCAAAUUCACAGAGCAGAGUUUGAGGUGGUUUUAUUUGGGUUCCAGCACAUGUGGUGUGGAAGGCAAUGAGGAAGUGGAUAGCUUGACAAAAAGAACAACUAAGGAGGAAAGAAUAGAAUUUGAUUUAGCACAUGGAGACGAGAAGCAGCUGGACGAAUUGAGCCUAUUCUAAAAUUAAACAAACCAACAGAAUAUGUGUAAGGCUAUUUCUGCCCAGUUCUUUUGAUGGAGUAGUCAGGAGACUUCUUCUUAAAAUGAAAAGCAUUUAUUACAGCAAAAUUGAAUGUGCGAUACAGAGCUCUGGGCCCGAAUCCUCUGUCCCUAACCAACAACAAGUGUUCAAUCAGUUCGAAUGAAAUCAGACUGCUACCUGUUCCUGGCCCAGUCUUCUUAUACUCUAUCAGUGUGUAUAGCUAUCGAGGCCUGCCGCUCCCUCCGGUGCUGCGUUGGUCCGGUCUCCUCUGUCACAGCUGAUGUUUUGUCAUUAUCGCUUUCAUAGGAAUGACUUCACCCCUGCAAAGCAAGAUUAGAGACUGCACACACAACAAGCUCUUGUUCUUUACUGAUUACGGCUUAAGUCAAAAACUAUCUGUACCUUAUCAAAAACUGUCUGUACUUUGAUUAUCAAUCACCUUAUGUCUUGAUCAUCCUUGCAUUCAAUCACAUGAGUAAUAAGUACAAUAAAGCUCCUUCUUAUUGA